AAGCUACGUAGUAAGUGAACGUGAUUGGUCCGUCUGUCUGGGGACCUGCUACUGCUUUUCCUCCGAGACAGCGAUCGUGGUGCGAGAGCCCCUCAGCAGAGGGAUCAAAGUACAACAAACUCCCGCUGGUUAGAUACAAACGGCCGUUCAGGAACCGAAACCAGUCGCGAUGUUAAUUGCGAAGUCACUCUGUUUGAAAAGAUAACAGACCGGACAGCAGCUGUUUGAAAAAAGUUGGCUUACUGGCUGCUUGGAGACUGCCAAACGCAUAAACCACACGUGGAUCAAGUCGCUGAAACGGAGACCUGCUCCUGGCUGCCCUGAGAGAUGAGUUCCAAGUCCACUAUCAACAAGGAGGUGUUUACGCCCAACGAUGAGAAGAUGCUUGCAGCUGUGCAAGUGAAGCGGCGCACCAAGAAGAAAAUCCCCUUCUUGGCCACUGGUGGCCAGGGAGACUACAUGACCUUCAUCUGCCUCUCAGUUACGAAUAGGAAGCCAUCCCAGUUGUCCAUUACCAAAGUCAAGCAGUUUGAGGGCUCCUCUGCCUUCACCAAGAGGUCAAUGUGGACCAUAGACCAGCUACAGCAAAUCAACGGCAUCGACCCCAACAGAGACUGUCCUGAGUUUGACUUGACGUUUGACAACGCCUUCGACCAGUGGGCCGCCAGCUCGGCAGGGGAGAAGUGCACCUUCGUCCAGAUCCUCCAUCACACCUGUCAGCGCUACACGCCCAACAAGAAACCCGAGUUUGUCAACUGUCAGGCCAAACUGAUGGGAGGUAACAGCAUACUGCACACAGCGGCUGACAGCGUGACCAGUGCGGUUCAGAAGGCCAGCCAGGCCCUGAAUGAGCGCGGCGAGCGUCUGGGCCGCGCCGAAGACAAGACCGCCGACAUGAUGAACAGCUCCGAGCAGUUCGCCGUCACGGCUCACAAACUUGCCAUGAAGCACAAGUGUUAGACCAGUGCCAAACCCAGCUCGCAGGAUGCUUGGAGAACAGCCGCUAGCCUGUCACCACAGAACGGAUGGAACUCAGAUUGUAUUGUUUUUAAUCUUCUUUUUAUAUAUAUAUAUUUGCGGAUUUGUUAACAGGUAACACAUAAUUAUUUAAUACCGGCACAUCUUGACGAGGAUGGACACAGCGAGCUGGCUGAAGUGAAACAGAGAGAAAGAAUAUAUAUAUAUAUAUAUAUAUAUAUAUAUAUUUCUUGCGAUUUCUUACUUUAAAAAAGACGUGACAAGCCGAGACAACGAUGUUGCGACGAGCCGAAACAAAAGUUCUCUUUGUGUCGUCGUGUGGUGCGGCCGACCUACUCCUCACCAUCACAGGCCAUCAUUAGUGUCCUCCCUUUAUAAAUUACUCAUAUGAUUCCUCACACUGGUUGUUCAUGUCUUCUGCUGUUCAUUUUUAUUUUUGGGCAUACAUUACAUUAUGUUAAGAGCCCUCUUUGUUGUGGCUCUUUGACCAAUGUGUUUGCGUGUGCAAGUAUGUGCGUGAGUGUGUGUGUGUGUGUGUGUGUAAGAGGGAUCGAGAAGCAAGGCAUCUACUGGAGAUGACUCUAGUGUACAACUAGCCGGGCACAUUGAUGAACAGAAAACACAACAUCGCCUGCUUCAAACGUACGCUUGAGACGACGGAUGAAAUCCCUUGCAAACUAAACGCUGCUUUGACAGUUGAGUGGUGUCCGCUGUGGUUUUCCGAUGUACGGUUUUCAAAGGGCCCACGUUGGCGGCCCUUACUUUAGUGUCUACACAUGUUUCAAGCACUUGAGUAUUAGCCAGAAACGCAAUGAACACUUUGUAUUCGGAUUCGCUUCUGUGAUUCAUGCAUGCAAGAACGGCGGAGAUUCAGUGCUCUUAUUUUACAAAUAAUACAGAAAAAUACAUUUGUUAAAGCCAUGUUGUACUCUUCAUCUGAAUAAGCUUUGGAAGGUCUUAUAAUUCACAGGUCAAAAGGGAGAAAAAAAACAUACAGUAGCAAUGUACACCAGCUUCAGCAUUGUAUAAAAGCAUAUACAUGUAAUUCCUGCACACUGUGUUCAGUGUUACUCGAGCAGAUUUGUCCUGUGAACUUGUGAUACUCCCUGGCUGUGUUUAAACUAUGAUCAUAAGCUUAUCUUGUAUCAUAUUUGUUUUAUUUUGUUGACAUGUCUGGGUUAAUCGUGAAGAUAUGACUACGUAUAUGUAUAUACUGAGGAAAUUACUCACACAUUGACAGUGUCCCCAAUAACAGCAUCAAUGUGUACUAGUGAGUUUGAACCUCAUAACUGUGGCUUAGGGGCAACAUAUUUGACUUUUUGUAUUUAUGAUUGUUCUUAUGAAUGUUACACUCUCACGAUGCGCACUGGCAUUGUCCUCCUUGCUGAUCACUUGUUGACGAGUUCAAGGUGAAAAACAUCUACUGUGGACUCUUAGUCUGCUGUCUUAAUGAAUCAAUUUUUUGGCUUACUUACUGGUCUGCUCAUACUUCAACCUAACACUUUGGAUGUUUGUUGUUUUAAUAAAACAAAGAGGAGACAUUAAACUGGA